CCCUUUGUUUUUUUUCCCCCUCACCACUCAAGCGAGCACAUCUUCGCGCCUCUCGCCCCCUCCAACUCGCCCCCUCCACCCCCCCAUCCGACAAAAAGUACCUUAUCUCUCUCUCGGAAGCGCACUCUAUCGCCAACUCUUUCGCAACUCCCGAACUCUGCAGCUUACCACUGCCCUUCUGUUCCUCAAAACUAACACUUCCGCUCAAAAAAAUACGACGGAAGCACCCUUAACAAGAAACUGGCUCGACCGAGCAUCUAAUUUCCGCCAUAAGAAAAAAAAACAGAAAAUAUUUUCCUGCCCCCUCCUCUUCCAUAUUUAUCCACUUCCUCCUCCCCUCCUCCUCCACGCGCCCAUCCACCACUCUCACAUUCGCGCACCCAUGCCCCCUCUCAUUUCGUCAAAAAAGACUCCCCGACUCCGCGCUCCGCACGCCAAAACCCCCUCCCACGGCUCGCCCCCCUCCCACGACGCCCCCCUCCCUCAAGGCCCGAAGACCCCUCGCGCGAAAUCCGCCAAAAAGUCCACCGACCGACUCCGCUCCAAACUUGACCGUUUGAUCGCGUCGGUUCGACGCCUCGACCAAGCUUCCUCCCAGUCGGUCGACGGCACCGCCUCGCCCCCCCUCCCCCGCGACCUCAGCCUCUCCGCGGAUGGCGGCGCGUCCCCCCUUCCAGGCGGAGAACGCCCCCACGUCCACGCGAUCAACUUCUCUGACCCCGCCCUGGCCAACUCCCUCCGCUCCAACAUCCGCGCGUCCAAGCCGUCCAGCGACCCCUCGGAAGAAGUCGUGCCCGGCGUCGUCUAUUUGGGGCACAUCCCGUUCGGCUUCUUCGAAGAAGAGAUGAAAAAAUUUUUCUCGCAAUUCGGAAAGGUCAACCGCCUCCGUCUGUCUCGCAGCAAGAAGACGGGCGGCUCCAGGUCCUACGCCUUCAUCGAAUUCGAAGACCGAGAAAUCGCGGAAAUCGUGGCCGAAACCAUGAACGACUACCUUAUGUACGGACGAAGAAUCAAAUCUGCGGUCAUUCCAGCCGAAAAAGUACAUCCAAACACCUUCUUCGACAAAAAAAAGUUCCUGGUCCACGACACGGUCACAGAGCACAGAAUCGUCCACAACGCCCCAAAAACCAGUGAGCAGCUUGAAAAAAACGUGCAGCGUCUAAUAAGGAAGGAGGAAGAACAUAAACAAAAGCUAAAAAAAAUGGACAUCGACUACGAAUUUGUAGGCUAUUCGAGCAUUUGCUGAACCCCCCCACCCCUCUCGGGGAAAGCGCUC